ACAUUCGUGGUUGGGGGUUAAGCUGGUCUCCUUUUAAUCAGGGGUCUGUCUGAAUGUGAAGUUGGAAAAACUAUAAUAUCUUUCACAUAUUUUAUAAGCAGGAGGAUUUAGUUUAAUGUUUUGGUCCUCUGGCCCCUCACAGAUCAAAAGCGUGAGCGGUGCUAAGCAACGCUUGUGAUUCAGGAAGACGCUACAUCCGAGCUGCAGCGAUGAGGAGAGACACCGACGAUCACUUUCAGCUCGAAGACGGGGCAGUGGCAAGAAAUGUUGCCAGGUCUGGACGAAGAGCUCGUCUCACAGCCGACCAAUCGUCAUUUGAAGAGUUUCGCCACACAAGAAAGUCAUCUACCUCGGCUUCAGCAGGAGAAGGCGCACCUUCUAAACCAACCCGGAGACAAGGUGGCUGGGCCGAGGAAAGCUCUGGCUCUGGUUCUGCCAAAUCAUCAAGACGACCACUUGAAGACCUGGAGGACCACCGCCUGCGACCGCAAACUCCCCAGGGAUCAGAUGAUGAAGGAGAUAUUCCAGUGAUACCAGACUUAGACGAAGUGCAGGAAGAAGACCUCGCGAUGCAAGUUGCUGUUCCACCGAGCAUCCAGGUGAAUCGGGUGAUGACCUACAGAGAUCUGGACAAUGAUCUGAAGCAUUUCUCUGCUUUCCAAACCCUAGAUGGAGAGAUUGACUUGAAGCUCAUCACCAAGGUUUUAGCACCGGAGCAGGAGGUUCAAGAGGACGAUGAGAGCUGGAGCUGGGGUCAUCUGUUUACAGAGGUGUCCUCAGAGCUCCUGAUGGAAUGGGAUCAAGGAGAGAGUGAAGAGUUGGAACCAAAGGGUCAAUGACUCUGGUUGCUUUAAGUUUAGUUUGUAUUAAAACAACGUUUUUGUAAGUGUAUGUACAGUGUUUUUUUUUUUUUAAUUUUUACACAAACUUGUUUGUUUCUUUCAAACCUCUUUGUUUCUUUCUAGAAGUUUGAACUUAAACAACCAAAAGGCCUUCGUUCAGAUCAUUCAGAUAGAAAUGUCCUCGCUGUACUUGCUACAUUAUCAACAACAAGUCCAAGGUUGAUAAUCAGCUAAGCUGAAAUCCAGUUGAUUGUGUUCAAAUUAACAUUCCUCAUUAAAGCCUCCAACCUUA